UCCCUUCUUCCUCCUCCAGCGCACGGCGUGUACAAAAGCCAGAAAAAAGAGGGGAACGAACAAACGCCUCGCACACACAACGACAAGAACAAAGUCUCAAACCCCUCCAGAGCACUCGCCGGACCCCGAAUCGGAGCGGAAUCCCGGCCGAAUCGAGGCCUAGGGCUAGAGACGGGAUGGGUGGCGGCGAAGGAGAGGGUGGCGAGUCCGCGGGAGCCCCGCCCGCGACGCUGCACAUCCGGGGCGCCAGCGGCAACAAGUUCGCGGUGCAGGCCGACCUGGGCACAACCGUCGGGGCGUUCAAGGCGAUCGUCGCCCAGAGCUGCGACGUGCCGGCGCCGCAGCAGCGGCUGAUCUACAAGGGCCGGAUCUUGAAGGACGAGCAAACCCUAGCCAGCUACGGUGUGGAGACGGAUCACACCAUCCAUAUGGUGCGUGGUGCUGCACCACCAGCAACAGCAGCUCCACCCGCUGCAGUCAACCAUGGGACUUCAACUACUACUCCUUCUAAUACUCCGGCUGCCGGUUUAGGAGGCUUGUUGCAAGGUCUGGGCGCUACAGGAACUGCUGGCACCGGGUUGGGUUUUCCUGGCACUGGGCUUGCAGGAUUGGAGCAGAUGCAACAACAGUUGACUGAGAAUCCCAACUUAAUGAGGGAAAUAUUGAACAUGCCAGCCAUGCAGAGUAUAAUGAACAACCCUGAUAUAAUGCGCGAUAUGAUUAUGAGCAAUCCUCAAAUGCGUGAGCUCAUUGAUCGUAAUCCGGAUCUGGCACAUGUCCUGAAUGAUCCAAGCAUCCUUCGUCAGACUGUUGAAGCGGCUAGGAAUCCUGAGCUUAUGAGGGAGAUGAUGCGGAACACAGACAGAGCAAUGAGCAACAUCGAAUCUUCUCCAGAAGGGUUCAAUAUGCUUCGCCGCAUGUAUGAAACUGUUCAAGAGCCACUACUGAAUGCAACAACAAUGGCUGGGGAGGGUGAUAGAAAUUCAAACCCGUUUGCAGCUCUUCUAGGAAACCAGGGGUCUAACCAAGCCAGAGAUCCAGCUGGAAAUGCACCAACUACUGCUUCAGAGUCCACGACAGGCUCUCCUGCUCCAAAUACUAAUCCGCUUCCAAAUCCCUGGAGUGCAAAUGCUGGGCCUGCACAAGGAGCGGCAAGGCCUUCUCCUGCUAGCAAUGCAAGGAGUGCCACAAGCGGUGGCCUAGGACUAGGAGGGUUGGGUUCUGCAGAUUUGGGAAAUAUGCUGGGUGGUGGCUCUGAUGCUUCCUUCUUGAACCAGGUUUUGCAAAACCCAACAAUGAUGCAAAUGAUGCAAAAUAUUAUGUCUAAUCCUCAGUCCAUGAAUCAGUUGCUCAACAUGAACCCAAAUGUACGUAACAUGAUGGAAUCAAAUUCCCAGAUGAGAGAAAUGUUUCAGAAUCCAGAAUUUCUUCGACAGUUGACGUCUCCCGAAACAUUGCAGCAACUGAUUUCAUUCCAGCAGGCUAUGACCUCCCAACUUGGUCAACAACAAGCUGGCCAGGAGCGGACCCAAGCAGGCACUGGUGCAGGCAAUGUUAACCUCAACACCUUAAUGAACAUGUUCAGUGGGCUUGGUGCUGGUGGUGGUUUGGGUGUUCCAAAUGCCCCGAAUGUGCCACCGGAAGAACUAUAUGCAACACAGCUAGCUCAGCUCCAGGAAAUGGGUUUCUUCGACCCACAGGAGAACAUCCGAGCAUUGGUGGCUACUGCUGGAAAUGUGAACGCUGCAGUGGAGCGACUUCUCGGGAAUUUUGGGCAAUAGAAGAUGUGAUCCAAGCUGUGUCUGGUGUUUUACCUGUAGUUUGCAUCGUGAGAUCAUCUGCUUCAUUGAUUUUAUACCUGGUCAGAUUAAAAGGCAACAUCUAGAUUCUAUGUUUUAAGAUGAAUAAACCAGUCUCUACUGGCUAUCCUUUGCAUACAUGGGUCGUGUGUCUUGUUGUUAAACUGUGGUAUAUUGGUACCUUGAGUCGGUGUAGAUACAUGUUGGUACUAUGGGGGCUUAUUGAGUGUACAUGACUUGUUUUCCUACCCUGGUGAGCUAACCAUCCGUAUAUUGCUGACUUGUUUCAUUGAA